AUGAUGAUGUUAAUGGCGGUUUUGGUCUGGUCUGUAACUCUAGAGACCUGCAUUGCUAGAAGAGGAAGACAUUGGAGACAUAACCACCGAAGUCCCUCUUCAUCUGACGUGUCUGAUUCCCCUUCAAGCAAGAAACCGAAAAGCCAUGGGCACAGUCACCACAGCUCUCACAACAACAACAACAACCAUCACCACAAGUCUAAACCUAAACCUAAGCCGAAGGUGAAAACGCCGCCAAAAGCUGACGACAAUAACUCUCCGGUGGUUCCAAGGCCACCGAAAGUCCAACCACCGUCUCUUCCGCCGCCGAAGGGAACUCAAGUUUUCAAUGUGAUGGAUUUUGGUGCAAAGGGUGAUGGAAAAUGUGAUGACACUAAGGCGUUUGAAGCGGCUUGGGCAUCGGCUUGCAAAAUCGAGGCAUCGAUGAUGAUUGUGCCGUCCGAGUACACUUUUCUUGUUGGUCCGAUCACAUUCUCUGGUCCUUAUUGUCAACCUAACAUUGUGUUUCAGCUGGAUGGUACAAUCAUAGCUCCAACGGAUUCAAAGUCAUGGGGAAAAGGGUUAAUGUGGUGGAUUGAUUUCACAAAGCUGAAAGGAAUCAAAGUACAAGGGAAAGGUGUGAUUGAUGGAAGAGGCUCUGGUUGGUGGCAACAAGAUUAUCCUUUCAUUGAUGGUGAAACCAAACUCAUCCUCCCUCUGAACAAUUCUGUUCAAGAACCCCCUCUCAUGCCGAUAAGAAGUGAGCUUGAUGGGAGAAUGCCAAGCAUCAAACCAACGGCACUACGGUUCUCUGGGAGUCUUGACGUGGAAGUUACUGGUAUAACGAUACAGAACAGUCCUCAAUGUCACCUUAAAUUCGACAACUGCGUAGGGGUUGUGGUACAUGACAUGGCCGUUUCUUCACCAGGUGACAGUCCAAACACCGAUGGUAUUCACCUUCAGAACACCAAAGACGUCCUCAUUCACAGCACAACUCUCGCUUGCGGAGAUGAUUGUAUCUCGAUUCAAACCGGUUGCUCGAACGUAUACGUACACAACGUAAACUGUGGACCAGGACACGGCAUCAGCAUCGGCAGUCUCGGUAGAGACAGCACAAAAGCAUGCGUCUCGAACAUAACCGUGCGAGACGUGGCGAUGCACAACACGAUGACAGGCGUGCGAAUCAAGACAUGGCAAGGAGGUGUAGGAUCGGUGAAAGGGGUACUCUUCUCAAACAUUCAGCUAAACGAAGUCCAGCUUCCAAUGGUGAUAGACCAAUUCUACUGUGACCACAGCACAUGCAAGAACCAGACAUCAGCAGUUGCAGUGGAAGGAGUGACUUACGAGAGGAUCAAAGGCACUUAUACAGUGAAGCCUGUGCAUUUCGCUUGCAGCGAUAACUUCCCUUGCGUUGAUGUUCAGUUGUCUUCGAUUGAGCUUAAACCGGUCCAAGAACGGUAUCACAUGUAUGAUCCUUUUUGCUGGCAGACGUUUGGUGAGCUCAACACUCCUACUCUUCCUCCUAUUGAUUGUUUACAGAUUGGGAAGCCUCCGAGAAACAGAGUCCAGUCUGAUCAUGAUCUAUGUUGA